AUGCCUUCUCCCUCCACCUUCCUUGCACUCCAUCUCUUCCUUCUUUUCGCUCUCUUCUCCCUCCACGUUCAAGCAAACCACGUCAUUUCUGAAGACGGUUACACCCUCACCACCGUUCUCGACGGUCACAAGCUUCACAUAAACCCGUUCUCCGUCCUCCAACGACCCAUUUCCUCUGAUCUCAUAAUCCUCGAUUCCUCAAACAGUACUUUCUACACCGUCCAAUUACCCAUUUCCCAAGAAAGUGUUUUCAAGAGGUUUUCUGGAAAUGGGUUGCCUGGGUAUGAUGAUGGUGAUGUGGGUUCUGCAAGGUUUGAUAAACCUAGAAGCUUUGCUGUUGAUGUGAGAGGGAAUGUGUAUGUUGCUGAUAGGGUUAAUAAGGUGAUAAGGAAAAUCAGUACCAAUGGUGUCACCACAAUUGCUGGAGGGUCUUCAGAAAAGUCAAACAUCAAGGAUGGACCAGCACAAAAUGCAUCAUUUUCAAAUGAUUUUGAGCUAACUUUCAUUCCUGCCCUGUGUGCUUUAUUAGUGUCAGAUCAUAUGCACCAGUUGGUCCAUCAGAUUAAUUUGAAGGAGGAGGAUUGUACUAUUGGAUCUAAAUCUGGGCUUGGUGCAGUUAUGACUUGGACUCUAGGGUUGGGACUAUCAUGUUUACUUGGCUUAAUAAUCGGCAUUGUGGUCCGCCCCUAUAUCAUCCCUCAUGAACACACCAGCCGUUACCAUUUCACCGUGACAUGGAAGCAUUGCCAAACCAGUUUGGGGAAGCUACUACCGACACUCUGCUCCGGCAUAAAAAGCGCAGUUGCUAGCUGCAAUUGCUCAUCCAUUUUCGCUGUUGCAGUGAAGCUUUGGAGAUUGAGUCUUUCUCUUCUUGUUCUAGUGUUUAAUAUCGACUUUGUUUUUCCAAGGCGGCCACAUCUGGAGUCAGUUUCUUUGUUAGAUUUAGAUGCUUGCAAUAGUGGUGAAAUAUCAAAGUCAAGUAAGUAUUUUGACCAAAUGAAGGAUUUGAUGAGUUUUGAUGAAGAUGUUAUGGAUUCAACCAAGAAAAACUUAAACCAAGGAAAGGAUAUCAGAGGCAGCAUGAGAACUAACGAUAGUAGUAACAUUCUUCAUCAAGAAUCAUCUGUGGCUAAUUUGGGUGUUGUGAAGAGGAGAUGA